AUGGUACAAGGUACCGGUAUGCUCAGCAAGGCUUUGUCGCAUUCCUAUAAUAAAAACGUUCAGGAUGGCCAAGAAAUUCUCUCUGAAGGGCCCACCGGUCGGCGGGUGACUUUCACCGACGAUAGGGGCAUUCAUCAUUUGGUGAUCUUGAAUUUACUUCCUGAAGAUGAAGGUGAUUAUUCACUUGUCGCUAAGAACAAACUUGGUGAAGCACGAACAGAAGGAGCAUUGACUGUGAUUCGACCAAGAGAAGUUGAUGGAUAUGGUCCAGAUGAUAGGGGAGGCAUGCCAUUCCCACCUGGUUUCGUACGACAACUGAAAAAUAAGCACUUCCUCACUUGGACAACAUCAAGUUCGAUGGUUCCUCGGACGUCACUCCUUAUCUUACGGAAGAAUACGGAUUUAAGAAAAUCAACUAUGCCAUUACUAAAACCAUCGUCUUUCUGUAUAUUUCGAAAACCAUUUUGCGCUCUUCCAGGCUUGCCAACACCACCCGAUCGAGGCCCAUUCAUUAAGGAGGUCACCGGUCACUACCUCACCUUAUCAUGGAUUCCAACAAAGCGAGCACCACCACGAUAUCCGCAAGUGUCGUACGUCAUUGAGAUUAGGGAACUUCCAGAGAAGGAGUGGACUAUGCUUGACUACAACAUUCCGGAACCAGUCUGCAAAGUUCGAAACCUCGAACUGGGCAAGUCAUAUCAGUUCCGCGUCCGAGCAGAAAACAUCUAUGGUAUCUCUGAUCCAUCACCAGCUUCACCACCAUCUCGGUUGAUGGCACCACCACAACCAGUACUGGAUAAGAAGACAAAGAAAAUUAUUCCUUUGUUGGAUCCCUACGCAGAGAAAGCUUUGGAUCUCGCUCAUGCUGAGCAGUACGCUUGCGCUCCAUGGUUCGCGCCUGGAGUCAUUGAGAAGAGGUACUGCGCUGAGAAUGAUGUGCUACAAAUAACCCUGAAUGUUUCCGGAUAUCCCGAUCCGGAAAUUAAGUGGAAGUUCAGAGGAUGGGACAUCGAUACCAAGGGUCCAUUAUCCCAAUGUAAGGUAUAUACUAUUGGAGGCACUGAGACGACACUGCUAAUCAAUUCGUUCACUAAGGAUAACGUUGGUCAAUAUCAAUGCUUUGCCACGAAUGCGUACGGUGAGGCGCAACAGAAUAUCAUGGUUGAUCUCGCUGUUCGACCAAACUUCAUCCAACCCUUAUCGAACCGAACCUUCUCCGAUGCUCAACCGAUGCGACUAGAUGUUCGUGUUGAGGGUCAACCUUUCCCUGAAAUAAAAUGGCUAAAGGAAUGGCGGCCAAUAGUGGAGUCAACUCGAGUGAAAUUCAUCCAAGAUGGUCCAUACUUAUGCUCAUUAAUAGUUACGGAUCCGAUGUGGCGUGACAGUGGUAUCUACACCUGCAUAGCUGUUAACGAUGCUGGACAAGCGACAACUUCGUGUUCGAUAACUGUAGAAGGUAGCGGUAGUCCGAGAUUACGAAAAUUUAAUCUUCCCAUAUCGUCACUAGUUGGUAGUUAA